AUGCCAACGCUUGCAGCUCCCACGACAACACGAUCUCCGCCUUUCCACCGACGUAGGAAGUCCUGGGCACGAAAUAUUGAACGAUGUUGCUGUACGACCUUCGCAUACUUCCCGCUAGUCUUCGUGUAUGGUCUCACUUCUUGGGCAGUAUACGUUGAAGUGAAUGUCAGCUUCAUAGGCGCGACAUACAGUGACUGGGCACCAUACAUACGCGCAGGUAUCGGCAUACUCCUCUACUCACUAGCGAAUGUCAGCUACACGAUCGCAGUCUUCACCGAUCCAGGCUCUCCGAUUGAUGGUCCAAAAGGGAACUACGAAGGACUUCCGCAGUAUGAAGAUGAGGAUGUUCAGGAAGCUGCGACCGUUCCUCGUGAAUGGAUGAAUGGAUCUGUUACUGCGAAGAGCACGGGAAAGCCGAGAUACUGCAAGAAAUGCAACAGCGUGAAACCAGAUCGAGCACAUCACUGUUCGACUUGUCGGAAAUGUGUUCUGAAAAUGGACCAUCAUUGUCCUUGGCUUGCGACCUGUGUUGGCUUGCGCAAUUACAAGGCCUUUAUACUAUUCUUGGUUUACACGAGCCUGUUCUGCUGGACGGAUUUCUUGGUCAGUGCAUGGUGGGUCUGGCAGGAGUUCAAUGAUCGUGUGCAAACUAUGCAAGGCAUGUUGGUCGUUAAUACCAUCUUGCUUUCCGUUCUCGGAGGAAUAAUAGGACUAGUCCUUUCUGGUUUUACUGGAUGGCAUAUCUACUUGUUGCUGAGUGGACAGACCACGAUCGAGAGUCUGGAGAAGACAAGAUAUCUGAGUCCACUGAAGAAAAGUAUGGAGAAUCAGCUGAAUGACCCCAAUCGACAUGGCCUGACAGCUGAGGGCAGCAGUUCUGGAGCAGCUUCGCCGAACACUCAAUCAGUGACGGAUCGGCUGAAGGAGAUUCAUGCGAAUGCGCUGCCCGGAGUGCUCAGACCAGAGGAGGGAGAUGUGUCUUUGCAUAACUCUCGGAACACAUCACCAGUCCCGCCUCCGGCCGCAGCAAGCUCGUCACCUGCACAUCAGAGUUUGCAGCGCUCAUAUGCUUCCAUGGAAGCUCAGCGGGAGCAGGAGCGAUAUCAGAACUAUCUCGAUGAAGUAGACAGCGAAAAGCUGCCAAACGCUUUUGACCUCGGGUGGAAGCGAAAUGUCGUCCAUGUCAUGGGUCCCGACCCAAAGUAUUGGUUCCUACCAAUCUGCAAUACGACGGGCGAUGGCUGGCAGUGGGAGACGAGUCCCAAGUUCCACGAAGCGAAAGACCGCAUCGCUCGCGAGCGCGAGCAA